AACGAGAAUGUUCGGCAAAACUCCGUUAACUUUUUGCGUGGCUCUGAUUCUGUGGGGUUCAACGGCCCAAUCCGCCGAAGGAAGCUACGAAGAUGUAAUUGCAAAAUUAGACAACCUACUAUAUCGAGUGUUGAUGAGCGAAGUUAACAUCAAGGAUCGUCUCGAAGAAAUGGAAGAUCAGCUUAAGAAGACCCUAGAGCAGGUCGAUGAUCAACAUCUGUUGGCUAGGAUCGACGAGGUACGUGAAGAGCUUGCACAGGGCCAAGCAAGUAUUCGUACGGAGUUCUCAUCCACGUUGACCAAUGUGGGACAGGUUGUUAGUAAAGAAUUUACCGAACUGCGGAAUAACAUGGACCACCGGUUUGAAAUGGCGGAGAAACGGUUAGAGCAUUUAGUGCAAAAACAAGGCGAGCUUGCUGCUGAUCAUGAGGCAUUGGCUAGUACGUUGAUUGAAAUAGAACAAAGUGCAAGCGACAAAUUCGUCAACAUCAGUUACCGUUUAGAUGAAACGUAUGAACAUGUUGAAGAAGUUAUACAAAACCAGGAAAACAUUCAUACUGAGUUCUCAUCAAAACUAACAAGUGUGGUACAAGAUUUGAGCCAUAACUUCAACUUGGUGAUGUCCAACGUAGUGGAGGGCUUUGAAAAUGCAGAUAAUCGAUUCGAUCAUCUAAUGCAAACCCAAGCUGAUCUUGUUACAGGCUAUGGAGAGCUUACCUCUACUUUAACAAAAAUGGAGCAACACGUUAGUGAACAAUUUGUUGUGACACUGACAAACAUAACUGGUCAUUUUGAUAGCACUAAGGGUGAUAUUACACUCUUUCUUAAUGAUCAAAUCGAAGAUCUCGCAAUGAACCAGGACAACACUCGCUUGGAGUUAUCCUCGAAGUUGACAAACAUGCAACAGAACAUGACUGACAACUUCAACGCAAUCGUUUCUACUGUUAACGAGCGCUUCUCAAGUACGGAUGUGAGGUUUGACUAUCUCGAACAUAAUCAGAAUGAUCUUGUAAUAAACCAGCAAGCCUUCCUUUCGACCUUGACCAUCAUUGGUAACGAUGUGGUUGAUAGGUUCACCAUAAUAUCAGCAAACAUCAAUGAACGUUCUGACAAACUUGAAGACCAGCACAGAACAACAAAGGAUCAACUGGAUCGUCUCCUGCAGAAUAUGGACAACCAUCGCGUAGAAUUUGCAACGGUACUGACCAGAAUAGAACAAAGUACUAAUCAGAACUUCGUUACGGUGACAAACUACGCGGAGCAAAUUUUGCAACAGCAAGAAACUUGCUCAGCACCGCAGCAACCUCUGGUGGUGACAUCGUGCAAGAAUGCACUGACAUCCGGUCAGUACCAGCUGAAACCCUUCGGUACCGAUGAAGUUCUGGUAGGAUACUGCGAGCAAGAGAAGUUCAAUGGGGGUUGGCUGGUGAUACAGCAUCGAUUUGAUGGUUCAGUAGACUUCCAUCGUAACUGGAACGAGUACAAAAAUGGGUUUGGCUCCAUCGGGGGUGAAUUCUGGUUUGGAUUAGAUAAAAUUCAUCGACUUACCAAGAACAAAAACGUUGAAUUGAUUGUAGAACUGAUGGACUACAGCAACAAAUACAUCUAUGCACGGUACGAUUUGUUCGAAAUUGGCAGUGAGUCGCAAAAAUGUUCACUGGACAAACUGGGAUCGUACAGCGGCACUGCUGGAGAUUCCAUGAUAUACAACAGAGGCCAAAAAUUCUCGACCAAAGAUAAAGACAACGAUGGAGCCGAGAACCUGAAUUGCGCCGUUACCAGAGAGGGAGCAUGGUGGUAUAAUUUUUGUGGACAAGCAGACCUUAAUGGACAAUACGGUGUACGAGGUGAUUGGCGAUCCAUAUUCUGGUAUGGUUAUAAUCAAUAUGAUGGAAUGAAGUACACCAGGAUGAUGAUCCGAGAGAUGUAAAAUAAUUAGGUCCAAAGUAAAAAAAAAAAUGUUCUGUGAAACCAGUUUAGUACUUCUAAUUAACCCAUAUCUGCCCAGUGCCCCAUUUAUAACACAGUGAAUAGUGUAAAAUUAGCCUAAUGUUAAAAUACACAUUAAUAAAAAAAAACACAAUGAUUAUUGAGAUUUUUACAAUGUCAAAGCAAACAAGUCUUCA